UUAAUCAAUUUAUUUUAUUUUCAGAACUAUUGAAAGCAGAGUUUAAAAAUAGGGACAUUUAUUCGUAAAAAUGUCUAAAACUGACAAGGGGCAUGUGUCCUCUAUGUAUAAACUAGUAGUAGUUGGACCAGGAGGAGUAGGCAAAUCAGCCUGCACAAUACAAUUCAUACAGAGUUAUUUUGUAACUGAUUACGAUCCUACAAUUGAGGACUCCUACACUAAACAAUGUAUUGUCGACGAUAAAGUUGCGAAGCUAGACAUUUUGGACACAGCCGGACAGGAGGAGUUUAGUGCCAUGCGGGAACAGUAUAUGAGAUCAGGUGAAGGGUUCCUAUUGGUGUUCUCUCUCACUGACCGAAAUAGUUUUGAAGAAAUUUACAAAUUCCACAAACAGGUUCUACGAGUAAAGGAUAGAGACGAGUUUCCCAUGUUGAUAGUAGGGAACAAAGCAGAUCUCUCAAACAGACAGAUAAGCCAAGCAGAGUGCGAAACAAUGGCCAAACAGCUGAAAACUCCUUAUAUAGAAUGCUCAGCAAAACUCAGGAUGAAUAUUGAUCAAGCUUUCUUUGAACUCGUAAAACUAGUCAGGAGGUUCCAGGCUAUUGAAAGAGCAGCUCUAGAAGCAGAAUCUGGCCAAAAGAAAAGAAAGAAACUAGAUUGUUCUAUUCUUUAAUAAGAUCUUUAUUCCACACUUAAUCAGUCGAAAGUUUUAUUAAUCAGCUGUUCACUAAAUUAGUUAAAUUUUGUUUCCUUUAUUAAUCAGCUAAAUGGGCUAAACUAAGUCAAUUGUAUUCUCUAAUCUCUAUCCUUUUAUUAUCUGCCAAUUUUAUUUAGAAAUCUGGUGUUUUUCAUUCUUGUAUUGGAUGUUUGUUUUUACAACAGCAUUCAGCAGACUUACUAAAAUCAAUUAAUCAAGAAUAUAUUGUGAAUUAUCUAGCACACAAUUAUGCGCAAAUUGUGCAAUGAGCUGUCAAGAACACACAAGUUUUUGAAAAUAAGAUGUCGUCUAUUGGGAUCUAUUUGCCCUUGCAGUAUUAGAGAGAGAAUCUUUAGAACUGUAGAUGUGUGAUAUUGAAUGCUGCUUCAACACAUGGAAAAUUGACACAAAACAAGGGGUGUAUACAGGGUGAGUCAAAACAAGGAUAAAUAGCGAAAUUUUGCACAUAAUAAAUCAUUUUUUUGGUAAUCUAAUUUUUGACAAAAAUGUAUAAAAUUUUUGAAUUUUUUAAUCAAAAUUAGAUGUUUAGAAAAACAAAAGAUUGGAAAUAUAUUAUUUCUAUCAGAUCUUAAAAUCUUGAACAGAUCAGAUGAGCAGUUUCGGAGAAAAUGCGAGAAAUUGAAUUAAGAAAAUCCGCAAUUCAUUUUUGAGUAAAACCAUAUUGAUGAUUUUUUUAUCUUUUCAAAUUUCUUUUUUUUAAUGAAUUUUUGAGAAGAAUGUCGAAAUUGGAAUAAUAGGAAAUUAUACAUAAUAAAGUAAAUCAUUAAAAUAUGUUUAUUGCGGAUUUUCUGAGUAAAAUAUAGUUUCGCGGAUUUUUUAAAGGGUCUAUCAAAUUUUCUAUGAAAAGAUCAAAUUAGAAAAUAUCAUACAUAUUUGUCAAAAAUGAGAUUACCAUAUAAAAUCCUUUGUUAUAUGCAAGAUCUCGCUAUUCACCCUUUUUUUUUGACUCACCCUGCAUUUUCUCCAAAAUUAAUUUCCCCCUUAAGAAAACCGUUUUCCCCCAUAAGUUUUAUAUACUUGCACAUUUUUUGGGGUUCCAUUCUCUGAAUUGGGGAAAUAAAUAAAUUUGUGGUCGGGUAAAAAGUAUCAAAAAUCUUGCUGCUUGAUAUCCAAUUUUUCAAUUAUUCCGUCUAAUCAAAAGUAUUUUUUUGUUAAUUCUGAAAAAUGUACAUCUCUCCACACAAAAAAAACGCUCCCAAAAGUGGCAGGAAGUCUGUAAAAUUUUAACAUAAAUUAACAUUUCAAAGAAAUUAACAAAUUAGAUUUAAUCAAUUUCCAUGGCUUGCUAAACAUUCUAAAUUAUUGGUACACUUUAAAGGUCCAGCUUAAACUUUAUUUUGCAGAAAACCAUGUACAUUGUACAUAUGUACAUAUGUACAAUGUACAUUGUAGAUUGUACAUUGUACAUAUAUACAUUGUACAAUGUACAUAUGACAAUGCUUAUAUCGUACUUUAGAACACUAGUGUAGUGUAUUUCUUAUUUGAUGAUGCCCUUCUUUAACAACUUUUCCCUCUUUAUUUGUGUCAUCCGUCCUGAUGUGAUAAUAACAUUGAUUAUGCCCUCCCCCCCUUCCCAUUAAUUUUUAUAAACAAUUUAAUAAUUCCUUUUUCUAAGUGAAUAUUGCGAUUUAUAGUUUCUAAGUGAAUCUCACGAAACAAAAAAUUUCAAAACCCGUCAUGAUCCAUAAAAAUAUUUUAAACUUAAUGAUGCGUUUUAUUUCUGGUUUUCCUUUCUUCUUGUUAAUUUUUCUUUUUUGUUUAUUUCGUACUAAUUACCAGAUUUCAUCACGAAAGUUCGGUUGCCAUUUUUACCAUGGAUUCAUUUUUACAGCGUUUUCGUUUUUUAAUAUUUUUUUUUUAAAUGGAAUUCUGAACCCUAGAUUGCAUCUUCAUAAAUUUUGAUUCUAGUCCUGGAAAAUAAUUUUAUUUUUCAUCUGUGCUUUACAAAUUCAUGUAUUUGAAAAAUUAACUUAGCAUAAACACUAAAAAAUUCAAAAGACUUAAAAUUUUUUUAUUUCAAUAUGAAAAGUAUGUUCACUAAAUUUUCAUGAUAACCUAUUAAAUGUGUAAAACUAAAUGAAAUGAUGUUAUUGUAAAAAAAACCAUAAUUCCAAUGUUGUGCCAUAUCAGUAACAAAGAGCUAAACUAAAUUAAAUUUGUUGAGAACGAUUUGACGAAAAAAAAACAUAUAACUGUGAAUUAUCUAACAAUAAACAAUCAGAAUCUGAAAUAAUAGUUUUGAGGUGAAUUGUGAAAAUGAAUGUAUAUUUGUAUACUGCAUUUGUACUGUACUGUACUGUACUGUACUGUACUGUACUGUAUUGUAUUGUACAGUACUGUACGUCUAUGUAAGCUAAAUGGUAUGAUGGUUGAAAAAUAAUAAAUCUAAACUAUAUUAACAGUCAA